UCAGUUUUCCGCGUAUUAGUACAUGCAGAGAUGCAGCCACAACAACACGACAACUACCAGAUGAAACCUCAUUGUAGUAUCUUGAUCGAUAGAUUCCCUUGACUUCACACAGGAAUUACGGUACCGGUACCAUAAGCUCCACUUCAGUGGCUCAACAACUCCUCCCUUGCAAACCGAGUUUGUCUACGAAGCGCUUACUGUAUCUCAUCACGAUACCACACCUCCACGCGCGCCCCUCACAGUGGAGAAUCCACGGUACUGGUACCAGUAUCGGGACCACAAGAAACGAGCGGAAACUGUAUUAUUGUCACCCAUCCCACGGGCAUCCACCAUAAUUUCUCUUGUGCUGUGAUUGUCAUUGAUGAAACAUGAGCCAGGAGAAACGUCGCUGCCCCUCUGACUACUCCCUUGAGGAGCUGGAAGAGCUGGAAAUGGAGUUGAAACGAAGACGAAUGGAAUCCAAUGAACCGCCCGCUUCCAUCGCCGCCACAGCCAACAACAACACUACCAACAACGACAACAAAGGCACUUUAAGCAUCCACACUUCACGUAGCAUUCUUUGGGACUUGCUUCAGUCAAGAUCUGAUUUUGAAAUAAUAAGAACUCUUCACGUGAAUGAUGCCAUGGUUUUGUUGCGGCAGCAUCCAUCGUUAGUAACCAAACCCUUUCAGGGACGAUCAGUGCUGUCAUUUUUUAUGCGCAAUGAUGUUCCAAGCUCAAUUAUCCAGGAGCUUUGUGCCAUGUGGAAAUCCAUCAAUCCUCAAAAUGAUGAAGAUGAAGAUUGGCAAAGCACUGGUUUUGAAGAGGAACCAAACUUUGUAUUGGAUGCUUGCAGAUACUGCUCCAAUCCAGACACUUUUCGGCUUCUUGUGAAGGAGUUUCCAGAUCAAGCUGCUAUUGAGGAUGGUCCAUGUGAGCUGUUUCUCAAGCGAUGUGAUUACGAUGACUAUGAUGACUUCGAUUGUGAGCCAAGGCCACCGGGUCAAGAGGCCACCGAGAUUUUUCAAGUGUUAUUCGAAAGCUACCGGUACGAGGCAAAGGACCUAAAGCUGGGCUGUGAUGUUCGAGAUCUCAUUCUUGGAUGUUGUUAUGAUCAGGAAUUGUCUGAUCUUCUUUCCACUGUAGUGUCCAAAGUCUUUGAAGAACGGAAGCUGGAGUUGACGUUUCACCCAGUGGGAUACAAACGCAACUCAACGAGCAAAACUAUUCCUUCCAAAGUUAACACACUUUCAACUAGAUGGAAUUUGCAAUUAUGGCGAGCGCAACAUUGAAUGCUUCCAAUCCAAACUGGGUAUGUUGUGUGAAGUGACGCCCACACGAUUGAUACAUCUGCACCUUUCUGUGCUUUCUGAUUUCAUCCACCAAAAUGGAAUUGACCUAGUUCUCGAGGCUGUACAGUCAUGCCAAACCUCAAGGAUCUCAGCUUGGAACCAUCACAUUAUGUGAGUUCUACAACUGCCAGAGAUGCCCAAGCAGUCUGCAAUCUUUACCAGGAGAUUCUUCUUCUUUGGACAAACAAUCUGGAAGCCUUCAAUGUAACAGUGCUUCCACAAACUGAUGGACCAGCAUUGAGCAAGCUGCUUCGGGCUGCUUUUGCCAAGCUCAGAUCAUUUGUCUUGGCUGGGUAUAGACAGAAUGAUGAUGCGUGCG